CUUCCCUCCGUCAAUAAUAAGUGUCAACUUAGCUAAAAAAAAUAAAAUUAUCCCAUAAUAAGUGUCACUAACUCUAAUCAAGAGGAAAAAAAAAAUAUUUUUAUUAUAUUGGGGUAGUUUAUUAUUGGUUUAUUAAUAUGCACCUUUUUGACAAAGGUGACAGUUAUUAUGCGACGGAGGGAGUAGCUUGUAUGUGAACUUACUGAUAGAGGUGAUGUAGGAGCUGAACUUAGGUGUAGUGCUGGAAUUGUUUUUUAAGUGCAAAGCCUGAUUUGAUAAAUUUUUGGACAGGAAGUGUUAAACUUUAUAAUAAGCAGUAGUUGUUUGAUAAUUUUUGUUACAUAAUUCUUCUCCCCUUUUCGGAUUAUUCUUAAUAUUUGUUUGGUUUUUGGGUCUGUUUUUUCAUUCAAACUUGUUCUUAUUGCAAUAGUACGGAUUUUUUUUUUUUUUUUUUUAACAUUUCGUGUAUUUUUUGAGUGUGCUAAGUCACGAAUUAAUCUAGUAUGUAUGUGAACUGACUGAUAGAUGUUCAUGGAGAGAGGAUACAGGAGUUCGACUUAGGUUAUACAGGCUAAGUGCUUUUUAAGUGUUGACCUGAUUAAUAGCCUGGUUGGCUAAGUUUUCAAAAUCUGUUUAUUUUGAAAAAGUACGUUUUGGAGAGUAGUAGUUUGUGAUUAACUAAUCAAUUUUGAACCCCCCUGGCCGCGAUUCCAAGUGACUUCCUCGUAUUGGCGAUUGGAUGUGCACCGGUUGCACUAACAACAAUUAUGCAUCGCGAGAAAAGUGCAAAAAAUGUGGACAACCAAAGGAGGUAGCAGCAAUGCCAGCAAUUGCAAUCCCUGGAGCAUCUCUCCCAACUCAUCCAAAUUAUUUUGCCAGGGCACAAGGAGGAGUGGAACAAAGGUUGAACAUUGGGUUGUUAGGAAAUGGAGCUCUCCAACAGCAACAUCCCUUGAGCUGUAACUGGUCUUUAGGGGAGGCUCGUAAAUAUGAAAACCAGCCUGCUGAUCGAUAUAGACUGCUGCAAACUCCUGGAGUUCCAUAUGCAAGCCAAACGAGUCAACUGCUUCCAGUUCCAAAUGGAUGGCGUAAUGGUGACUGGCUCUGCAGUUGUGGCUUUCACAACUACUCUUCUCGAGCUCAGUGCAAAAAAUGCAAUGCUUCUGCACCUCCAGCUUCAUCGUCUGCUCUUGGAAGUACCCCUAUUACAGCUCUUGGAACAAAACGAUUAGCAUCUGAGGAACUUGUUCAUGAUUGGGACAACAAGAGGCUGAAUGCAGGGCAUACAUUUAGGUAUCAGCAAGGCUAUCCAGGAGCAGAAAGGAUGGGUGGUUCAGGGGGAAAUCAACUAACUGCUAUCUCAACAACAUUCCCUAGAGAAAAUUCAACGAUGCUUCCUUUGCAAGUCAACCUGCAAAUUCCUCAUAUACCAGCAGCGCCUACACUCCUUGGCAAAGGGGCAAAGCAAUGGCGUGAUGGGGACUGGAUGUGCACAAAUUGCAAUAAUCAUAAUUACGCAUCUCGAUCAAAUUGUAAUCGGUGCAAAAGUGAGAGAGACGUGCCAGCUCAACCUGUUAGUGUUGCAUAGAACUUUAGUUAUAACUGGCUUGAAUUUGUUGUACCUUCUCAAGAUACAUUGGUAUCUUCCUUUAUAACCUUUUUAUCAUGUUGUGUGUAUUUUUGGUAGACAUCGAAAGAGGUACAGUAAUCAAUAUGGUGUAAAUUGGUUGUUUCACCAGUUUUACUUCAGGAGACCGAGGUGCACGAGAGAAUAGUAUCCAUAUGUUCUCUAUUUUCUCAUUGAAGUGUUUCUUCCAAAUACA